CCUUUCUUGGCAAACCUAGAGAGAUGUUGAGAAAUAUCUUUCUCCUCGUCGCUGCAAUGGCGGUAGCAUCUGCACAGAAUCGGCAAAUGUUAGACAGAAAUGGCAUUUACGGCCCUUCAAACGGACGAGACCAAACAGGACGAAUGUCAUAUUCUGAUUCAAUGGACAUGAACAAUCAACGAGACGUAGGAAAUAACCAAAGGCUCGACAGGCAAUUCAACCAAAAUGGACUGUCCACAAUGGGUUCGCGCAACUUGAGAAAUGGACUUUUGAGCAGUUCAAGUUCUGAUGCAUACGACCUGGAUGGUAUGAACCGACAGGACAUGACGUCAGGAAGGUUUGAUACUCUUAGAGGCGACCGAAGGAUGACAAGUCUAGGUUCUGAUUUUGACAUGGCCAACGGUCUUUCCAGGGGUAAAAGAUUUUUAGAUUCUACCAUGCGCUCAAAUCGUUUUACGAAUGGGAAUGACAGAUUUAUGCAAGAUUAUGAUCGAAGAAUGCCCAAUGGCCGAAAUUCAAUGUUUUCUGAAAGAGAUGGCAUGGAUUUCUCGAGAUCUAAUUCCCAAUACUCACCCAUUUUGGAUUCAUUCAGACGAUCACCUUCAUACUUAAGAGAAAUGGAAUCGUAUAAUAUGAACAGGAGAUAUCAAAAUGGCGACGGCAGAAUAUACAACGAUUUAACCGGCUUCCCACGCCGCAACUCAGAAGCAGACGGUAUGUCCACCAACUUCAUGGAUAACUUUGAUUCAACCAAUUCAUUCCCUGGAAUGUCUAUGGAAGGUUUAACUUCCGAACUGGGUGAUAACAUGGGUAUGAUGAGGUCAUUUGGCAGUACGCGGGGUCAAGGACGACGUCUGGGGAGAACGAAUAGCAGACGUCUUGGAAGAAGAUACGAGAACAGUAACACCGGAUCUAGAGGAACGAUAUAG